UGUACUUCAAAAUUCAAACGAAAUCAAGAUCUGAGAUCUUCAACGAAAUAUACAAAUCGGAAAAUUAGAAGUUUUGAAAAAGCUUCGGUGAAGAAGAAGAAGAUGAAUCGUAGCUUAACGACGGCGCUAUUACUCUCAGCUCUCAUUAUCUCUCUAUCACCGGAGCUAAUUCCGAUCUGUGAAGCCGUUUGGCUUACCGUACCUCACACCGGAUCAAAGUGCGUCUCCGAAGAAAUACAAAGCAACAUCGUCGUUUUAGCUGAUUACCUUGUUAUCUCCGAUGAUCAUUCAAUCUUCCCUACUGUCUCCGUUAAGGUUACAGCACCUUAUGGCAGCAUUUUGCACCACACGCAAAACACAACGAAUGGUCAGUUUGCGUUUACAACACAAGAAUCAGGAACCUACUUGGCGUGUUUUGAGGCUGAUGCCAAAAGUCAUGGUAACAAAGAUUUUAGCAUCAACCUUGACUGGAAAACCGGAAUCGCAGCUAAAGACUGGGACUCCAUUGCUAGAAAAGAGAAGAUCGAGGGAGUAGAGCUUGAGCUUAAGAAACUCGAAGGUGCGGUUGAGGCCAUCCAUGAAAAUCUAAUUUACCUCAGAAACAGAGAAGCAGAGAUGAGGAUUGUGAGCGAAAAAACAAACUCGAGAGUGGCAUGGUAUAGUAUAAUGUCGCUGGGGAUUUGCAUUGUGGUCUCUGGUUUACAGAUUUUGUACUUGAAGCAAUACUUUGAAAAGAAGAAGCUUAUUUAGAGCAGACUGAUCCAUGUUGAAGAUUAGUAGCACCAAAUACUUUCCUCUGCUUUCUUUCUCUUGAUGCUCUCUUCUUUGGAACUGUUAGUGUAAAAUUUUGUUCACACUCACUUAACUUGUAAUUUGUCAGCUAUUUAACAAUUCAGACCGAACUCAAAACCAAAUUUUCUUGAGUUUGCUAUGAAAACCAUUUUAGGAAAGGAAA